AUGGAACAUUUGGACCUGCUGGGGUUCCUAAUCAUCACGUUAAAUUACAAUGUGACUAUUGUGGGAAAGAUCUGGCUUAUCUUCAUGAUACUGUUGAGGAUGAUGGUGAUCAUUUUGGCAGGGUACCCCAUCUACCAAGACGAGCAGGAAAGGUUUGUUUGCAAUACUCUGCAGCCAGGAUGUUCUAAUGUUUGCUAUGACAUCUUCUCCCCUGUGUCCCACUUUCGGUUCUGGCUGAUUCAGAGCAUGUCUGUCCUCCUCCCUUACGCUGUCUUCAGCGUCUAUGUGCUCCAUAAAGGAGCCAUGCACGCCGCGGUUGGACGCUGCCGGUCAGAGGGCCGCCAAGGGGGCCAAAACCCAUCAGACCUGCCCACCGCGGAGAGGUACCAUUCACAGCCCUCCAAAGAGGGACACAACCUGAAUAUCCCAGACUUCUCCUCUGGCUACAUAGCCCACCUCUUUCUUCGCACUGUGGUUGAGGCAGCUUUUGGGGCCUUACACUAUCUUCUCUUUGGAUUCAUGGUUCCAAAGAGAUUCUCUUGCUCCCACUCUCCUUGCACCAGCGUGGUGGAUUGUUAUAUCUCUCGACCUACAGAAAAGUCCAUUAUGAUGCUUUUCAUCUGGGGUGUCAGCGCCCUCUCCUUCCUCCUCAGUGUCAUUGACCUGAUGUGCAGCGUGAGGAGAAGGAUGGGGCAGAGAAGAUCUAAGCGGAUGGCCAGGAGUUCCUCCCGCAGGAGAGAGUGCGAAGUCUUGCAGUCUCCCCCUGGCCAUGCUGAGGACUGCGUGGCCUCUCGGAGCCUGGUGAGAAGGCCGAGUCACAUCAGUGAUCAUGGUGUGUGGGAAGGAGAGGAGGUGCCUACUCACCCAGGCAUGUGGGCUGGAGAGGAGGGCACCAGGACCAACUUCAACAGCCCCAGUGAGAGGUCGGCUGUAUCGGGAACUUUGGAGAUUCCAGAUGAAGAUGAGAGUGUGAUGAUGUCCUCAGCCAGUGAGAAGCUGCCCAGGGCUCAUCAAGAGCCCCAGGGUGGGCUCCACAGAGAGGCCACCCAGGUCCCAAGGAGAGAGGGCCAUGCUAACUGGGGAGAGCUCCCCUCAGCCCACCGAAGCAGGCUUGUCGGGCACUAUUCAUCCACUGAGCUACAGCCCCUUGACCGGCUGGCAAACUCGGGCAGUGCUACCCACUUGAGAACCAAAAGGUCUGAAUGGGUGUAA